ACUGUAGAUGCAGGAAGAUAUUGGCUGAAACAGCCUAGCUGAAGCGAGGUUUCGAGGACAGACCAUGGCUGUAGCCCUGAAAUCCCAGGCCCAGGCUUCUUCCCCAUCUGAGCCUGAAGAACUCCUGAUUGUGAAAAUGGAGGAGGAUUCGUGGCGAUCAGAAGCCAAGCUCCAGGAGAAGCACCGUGACUCUGGCCCUGAGGCCUCCCGCCAGCGCUUCAGGCAGUUCCAGUACAGGGAUGCAGCUGGACCCCACGAGGCCUUCAGCCAGCUCUGGGUGCUCUGCUGUCACUGGCUCAGACCGGAAAUGCACCUCAAAGAGCAGAUCCUGGAGCUACUGGUGCUAGAGCAGUUCCUGACCAUCUUACCCAGGGAGGUCCGGGCCUGGGUGCAGGCCCAUCACCCUGAGAGUGGUGAGGAGGCAGUGGCCCUGGUGGAGGACUGGCAGCGAGAGGCCGAGGCCGCAGGACAGCAGGAACUGGAAUUCCAUGCAGAAGAGACCAGGUCCUUGAAAGUCACGCAAGAAUCUCAGAGCCUCCAGCUGCAUCCAGCAGAACAGUCUCAGAAGCCCUGGGCGAAGAAGCUCUGUCCUGACCUUCCUGAGCAUCCUGGCACCAAGUUGCCACAGCCCUCAGAAGAGAGUGCUGUGCUCACUCCUCAAGUCUGUACUCUGCCAAACACAGGGAGCACUGAAGCCUGGGAGGUGACAGCUGAGUCCCAGGAGGCCCCGGGCCAUGGCGCACAUGCAGAGGAGUUCCGCAAAGGCCCACAGGGAGACCACUGUGGAGAUGGAGAAUCCCUGGGACUUGUGGUUUCAAAACCGAAUAUUUGCCAAAGAGAGCAAGGAUCCAAAUUUUGGGAUCCCAGUCUUACACAUGCCGGAAAAAGGAACACUGCAGAUUAUAAUCUCAAUAACGAGCAAUCAAAAGCAGCUCAGGCAGUGGCCUGGAGGGACUCAAGGACCUGGGAAGAACAAUACCAAUGGGAUGUGGAGGACAUGAAGAUGUCAGGUGUGCACUGGGGCUAUGAGGAGACCAAGACUUUCCUGGCAAUCUUGAGUGAGUCUCCUUUCUCUGAAAAACUCCGGACAUGUCACCAGAACCGCCAGAUCUACCGUGCUAUUGCGGAACGAUUGAGGGCACGGGGCUUCCUGCGGACACUGGAGCAGUGUCGAUACAGGGUCAAAAACCUCCUAAGGAAUUACCGGAAAGCCAAGAGCAGCCACCCACCAGGGACGUGCCCCUUCUACGAGGAGUUGGAGGCCCUGGUGAGGGCCCGGACUGCCAUCAGAGCUACAGAUGCACCAGGAGAGGCUGUUGCUGUCUCCAGACUGGGGGAUAGUGACACAGAGAUGGAGGAACAGGAGGAAGGGGCCUGGGAGCCUGAGGAAGCAGCAGAUUGUAAUGGUGAUGUCCUCACUGCUGGCGAGUCUGUGCAGGGGCGCAGGAUUCCAGGAGGCCCAACUCUGUUCCACAGUCGUAUUGCAGGUGUGCACUGGGGCUAUGAGGAGACCAAGGCUUUCCUGACCAUUCUCAGUGAGUCUCCCUUCUCUGAAAAGUUGCGUACCUGCCAUCAGAACAGCCAGGUAUACCGUGCCAUUGCAGAGCGGUUGUGUGCACAGGGCUUCCUACGGACACUGGAGCAGUGUCGCUACAGAUUCAAAAACCUCCUUCGAAGCUACCGGAAAGCCAAGAGCAGCCACCCACCAGGGACAUGCCCCUUCUACGAAGAGCUGGACUCAUUGAUGAGGGCUCGGACUGCCGUUAGAGUCAUGGGACCACUCAGGGAGUCAAUAGGGCUCCCUAAAUCUAGGGAGAGCAGCAAGACUGAAGACCAGGAGGUCUGGGAUGAGAUGGCAGAUGAAGAUGCAAUCAAACUGCCAACCCCAUGUCCUAAAACCCAAGAUACUGGUUUUGAAGUGAGGCAUGAGGAGGAAGACCAGAUUUCAGAGCAGGACAUUUUUGAGGAUUUGCCUGGAGCCUUAUCAAAAACCACAGAGGAUGUUUGCCACUCUCAUGAAUGGGAGGAAGACAGUGAAAAUGAAAGUGAAGGACAAUGGGGAAAUCCAUCACAGGAGCAAUGGGAAGAGAGUUCUUCUGAAGAAGACUUAGAAAAACUUAUUGAUCAUCAAGGCCUAUACCUUGCAGAGAAACCCUACAAGUGUGACACCUGUGUGAAAACCUUCAGCCGGAGUUCCCACUUCAUUGCCCACCAGCGGAUACACACAGGUGAGAAGCCCUACAAAUGCACUGAAUGUGGGAAAAGCUUUAGUGACCGCUCUAACCUCAAUACCCAUCAGAGAAUCCACACUGGAGAAAAGCCCUACAAAUGCCUUGAAUGUGGGAAAAGCUUUAGUGACCACUCUAAUCUUGUUACCCACCAGAGAAUUCACACAGGGGAAAAGCCCUAUAAAUGUGGGGAAUGUUGGAAAAGCUUCAACCAGAGCUCAAACCUUCUGAAACAUCAGAGAAUCCACUUGGGAGGAAAUCCUGACCACUGUAGUGAGCCCAGGGGUAACUUGGGACAAAGUUCACCCAGUAGUACUCACUGGAGGAACUUGGCUGAGGAGACAUCUAAGCAAACUCUAAAUUCCAGUAAGAACUUGAAUUCUCCUGGACUGCCCAGUACCAACUCAGGGGAAAAGCUCUAUCAGUGUUCUGAAUGUGGAAGAACAUUCUCUAAGAGCUCUGCCCUCAUUAGUCACCAAAGAAUCCACACAGGAGAGAAACCAUAUGAAUGUGCUGAAUGUGGGAAAAGCUUCAGUAAGAGCUCCACGCUGGCCAACCACCAGCGAACCCACACUGGGGAAAAGCCAUAUAAGUGUGUGGAUUGUGGGAAAUGCUUCAGUGAGCGCUCUAAGCUCAUCACUCACCAGAGAGUGCACACAGGAGAGAAGCCCUACAAAUGCGUUGAGUGUGGAAAAUUCUUCCGUGACCGUUCGAACCUCAUUACUCACCAGAGGAUUCACACAGGAGAGAAGCCUUAUAAGUGCAGAGAGUGUGGGAAAUGCUUUAACCAGAGUUCCAGUCUUAUAAUUCAUCAGAGAAUCCACACUGGAGAGAAACCUUACAAGUGCAUGGAGUGUGGAAAAGAUUUCAAUAACAGCUCCCACUUCAGUGCCCAUCGGAGAACCCAUACAGGAGGGAAAGCAUCAUAGGAGAUACCUCCUCCCACAGCAAAAGAGAGAAAUGUAUAUUUAAAUGUCCCAAACAAGGUCAUCACAAAAUAUCUAGAAAGGAACUUUCCUAAUUUUUAAGUUUCGUGUAUUCCCAGGGAAGUUAUCUUGACAUAAUCCAGGUAAAUUGGAAGUGAAUUAUAAAUGA